AUGUGAUAAAAUAUCACAUUGUCAUAUGUGAUAAGAAAUAUUACUGAACAACGUUUGACGUGAAGAUAUAAAAUGUCAUACAAGGAAAUGAGUAUGACUUGGGAGGUGUAUCGACGCUUUUUAGAAGAAAGUGGUAUUAAAUACGAACUUACGAAAAUCCUUCACAAAAUUUGGGAGGAACCAGAAAAACCUCCUUUCUUAGGACACUAUGUGAGAAAGAAUUUCGCAAGGGGCAAAAUAAAUGCCCCGAAUUAUUAUUUACUCAAGAAAGAUAUCGUUUGGAAGAAGGAACAGGUGUACCACCUCAGAAAGAGAAACGAAAAGCUUAGAAUUAUUCUCAGCUUUUACGAACCCCCUAUCACGGAUCAUUUGCGAGAUAAGGAUUCCGAUGACCCGCUGUUUGAGAAUUAUGAGGCAGAGGUAGGGAACGAAGAAGGCGAAUUGUCCUUGGAAAAUGAAAAUGUUUACGAGCUAGAAAAUAUAUAAUCAAUUAAUA